AAUUUACAUCCCCUGAGAGGCUUUGUAGCCUUUUUACACGUCCUAUCUCUUGGGAUUUACCUUUUCUGCCUCCAAUGCAGAAGCUAUCCUGUUAAAUGUGGCUAUAAAAACACAACAGCCCUUCUUUAGUCUGCAAUUAAGAUAUAUGGCCAAUUCAUGUCUCUGCUAGACCAGAUCCUUUUAAAAGAAUAUUGCUUUUAGAAAUAAGCACAGUUAUCUCAAAGAUGGAAAAUAUAUCUGCCGGUAAUUUUGUUCUGUUAGGUCUCAGAGAGAUGGAAAAUCUAAAAUACGUAUAUUCUGGGAUUUCUCUUGGACUUUACUUUAUGAUUAUGAUUAUAAGUUCAAUGAUUGUCUACAUAACCCUGGAAGAGAAAACCCUACAUGAGCCCAUGUACAUCUUCAUAUGUAACUUGAUCCUCAAUGUUAUGGUUGGAGGCUCGUCUUUUCUUCCCAAGUUGGCCAUUGACUUGUUGUCUGGUUGCUCGACCACCUCAUUUUUAGGAUGUCUCACACAGGCAUUUUGCAUCCAAAGCUUUGCAUCCGUUGAAGUGUUUACUUUCACUAUCAUGGCAUACGACCGAUAUUUGGCUGUCAGUCACCCCUUGAGAUACCACAAUUUGAUGACCAAUCGAAGGGCAUUAAUGUCCACAUUAGUAAUUUGGCUUGUGGCCUUCAUGAGUAGAAUUGUAGGGUUUGUAUUAGUUGUGCGAAUAACCCUGUGUGGGAAAACCAUCAACAACGUCUACUGUGAGAUCAUGUCUCUUCUUCGCUUGGCUUGUGGAAGCACUCUGGCCAAUGAUAUCUAUGGGACUACAUAUACAUUACUCAUGGUCAUUAUCUCUUUAUCAGUUGUGAUAUAUUGCUACAUAAGGACCUUUCUCAUCUGUUUCAAGAUCUCAACAGGUGCAAAUCAGAAAGCCAUCCACACUCUGGUCACUCACAUAAUGGCGUUGUCCACCUUUAUGGCGGCUACCUUGUUUGUUGCCUUCAGGUACAGGGUAAAUGGUGGUUCUCUAUCCACUACCACACAUGUGGUGAUACCUGUAACUGGUUUGACUGUCUCUGUCACUCUAAACCCGCUGAUAUAUGGGAUAAGGACUGAGGUCCUAAGAAUAAAAAUCCUUCAUAGGCUUCAAAAAAUUAAUAACUUCAUGCACUUGGAAAAUUCUAAAUGA